UCCUCUUCUCGUUUUCUUCUGUGCAGGUGUGUGUGUUUAUUUUUCUAAAGGAAGUGCUUUGUGUUUGUUGGUGGGUUCAGUUUCCAUGGACUCAGCGUUUGUUAGAUCCUUUCCUAAUGCUCCUUCACUCACAACUGGUGGAAAUCUCAGGCACACCAAGAAUAUUUACUAUGCAAAUUGUUAUGUACCAAAAGUUUUGGAGCAUAAAAGUAAAACUCAAAUAGAACAUAAAUUUUGGAGGUUGCGACAACCAUCUUUGAACCAUCAUUACCAAUGCACUGGAUGGGGCUCUACAUAUCAAGAACGCAGUAGAAAAUAUGAUGUGAAAGCUACUCCUGAACCAUCUUUCGAUUCUAAACGUUCUGCUUCUGAUUCCAAAAACAUUUUAGAUUGCGUAAAAUCUUUCUUGACUGCUUUUUAUAAGUUGUCCAUUCCAGUAGCAACUAUUACCCGAAUAUUAAGCAUAAUUUCUGCGUCUCUCCUCGCAGUGGAGAAAUUAUCAGAUAUAUCUCCAAUAUUUUUUAUUGGUGUAUUACAGGUUAUGGUACCCCACUUGUUUAUGGAUAUCUACAUCAAUGGUGUGAAUCAAUUAUUUGACAUUGAAAUAGACAAGAUAAACAAGCCUUAUCUUCCAUUGGCAUCCGGGGAAAUAUCAUAUAAAACUGGUGUUAUUGUUGUUGCUUCAAGUUUAACUUUGAGUCUUUGUUUUGGUUGGAUUAUCGGUUCUUGGCCAUUGAUUUGGGGUCUUCUUUCAUGCUUUUUGAUAUGGACAGCCUAUUCAAUCGAUGUGCCCUUAUUGAGAUGGAAGAAAUAUCCACUACUUGCGGCAAUGUGCAUGUUUGUUACUUGGGCAUUUGUUUGUCCUAUCGCAUUUUUCCUUCAUAUGCAGACUUUUGUGUUCAAGAAGCCAGUUGUCUUUCCAAGAUCAUUGGUUUUUGUUGUUGUAUUCAUUAGCUUCUACUUUGUAGGUAUGGCUUUGUACAAGGAUAUACCUGACAUUGAAGGAGAUAAAACAUAUGGCAUCAAUUCUCUUCCAACACGUAUAGGUUUGAAGCGGGCAUUUUGGAUUUCGAUUUCCCUUCUUGAAAUCCCUUUUGGAGUUGCACUACUAGCAGGAGCAACAUCUUCUUCUCACCUUUGGAUAAAAAUCAUAACGGGUUUCGGACAUGCUGCUCUUGCUUCACUCCUCUGGUACAAGGCCAAAUCUGUAGAUUUGAAAAGCAAAGCAUCCAUAGCAUCCUUCUAUAUUUUUAUUUGGAAGGUAUUAAGCAUGGAGUACUUCCUCAUGCCUUUUAUUAGAUAAGGAUGUAGUUGAAGGUUAAAACAAUGUUCAGAACAUAUAUAUAUAUAUAUAUAUAAUAAAAGCGCUCAUUUUUUGUCUAAAGUUUAUUAAAAUGGUAAAACUAGAUAGACAUGUGUUCCUAGAUAAUAGUUAUUGUAUCUCAUUAAUAUUUCUCAAGAACCAUUUAGACUUUCAUUUAACAAGAUAUUUGGAUACAAUAAUGGAAAACCCUUUGAACAUGUACAAAACAAUGUACACUUACUUCUCGUCAAGUAAAA